AUGGCAGCAUCUACAGAAAGAGUGGUCGACUCGGCCAAGGUGUGGACAACGCUGAUCACAAACACAAACUAUCUCUCGGGCUUGUUGACCCUCGACUACUCACUCAAGGCUGCCGGUAGCAAGUACCCUCUUGUCGCUCUCUACACCGACACGUUCCCUCCCGAGGGCCAUGCCGCCCUCAAGGCUCGCGGCAUUCCUUCCAAGCGCAUUCCCUACCUACUGCCUUCCAUGUCCAAGGACUACAGCAACGACCCUCGCUUCUACGAUUGCUGGAGCAAGCUUACUCCCUUCGGUCUGACUGAGUAUGAGCGUGUCGUUCAACUUGACAGUGACAUGCUCAUCCUCAAGAACAUGGACGAGCUGAUGGACGUGCCUCUCGACGGCCCGGAGCUUGCUGGUCGUGGUGAUCGUGUCUUUGCUGCAAGUCACGCCUGUGUCUGCAACCCCUUGAAGAAGCCGCACUACCCCAAGGAGUGGGUUCCUGCCAACUGCGCUUUCACCACCCAGCACAACAACCCCGAAGAGGCACAGAAGACCGGUGCUUCCCCUCUCGCAGGUCUCGCCAUGCCCAACGGAGGCCUCCAGGUCGUCGUACCAAGCAAAGAAGUCUACGACCUGAUCCAGAAUGGUCUGCAAUCAUCAGUCACCGCAUCCUACGAGUUUGCCGAUCAGUCCAUGCUUAGCGACCUCUUUCCUGGCCGAUGGGUUGCUCUUCCCUACAUCUACAAUGCCCUCAAGACCAUGCGUUGGGAAGGUGUACACGACGCAAUCUGGAGAGACGAUCAAGUCAAAAACGCACACAUUUUGCUCAGUCCCAAGCCCUGGGAUGAGAAGGGUGACGACAAGGGCAAGAACGAUGAGACACACAAAUGGUGGUGGAACUACAACGAUCGCCGCCAGGCAGACGAAAAGAGCAGAGACAUAGACGACGGCUUCUGA